AUGGUUGUCGAUAUUAACAACAUCUCUCUGGCCAGUCAAGACUGCGACAAUGGCUGUAGAGUCGUCGACACCGACGCCCUCAUCGUUGGUACAGGCCCAGCUGGUGCUUCUUUGGCAUGUUUUCUAGGAUCGCAAGGAAUACAAGGCAUCCUCGUCGCCAUUGCCUCAACUACGGCCGACACCCCAAGAGCUCACAUCACCAACAUGGCUGCCAUGGUCGCAACCCCGAACGGGAGCAUGCAGCACGUGAGGUGGGCACACUCGUUUGCCGGGGAGGAGUUUGGCAGGAUGUACUCAUGGGGCAAUGACCCGGAGCAGAAGGGCGACUACGAGAAAGCUAGUCCCUGUGAUCCUGUCGACUUGCCACAGACACUUCUGGAGCCCAUCUUGGUCCGCUACGCGACACUUCACGGGUUCAAAUGCCGGUUCGAUACCGAGUUCGUCUCGUUCGUCGAAGACAAGGAAACCGGUCGGAUCCUGGUGUCGCUGAGGGACAAGCUUAACGGGGUCGAAUUCCAGAUCCGCUGUCGAUAUCUGUUCGGCGCGGACGGUGCUCGAAGCCGCGUGGCGACGCAGAUAGAUUUACCGCUGAUACAGAGACCCGACAAGGGUAUCGCUUACAACGUCGUGGUCAGGGCGGACAUGGCUCACCUCAUGGAUGCGCGGAUGGGCAACCUGCACUGGAUCAUGCAGCCGGACAAGGAACACCCGGACUGGGCGUGGAUCUGCGUGGUGCGCAUGGUGAAGCCGUGGGACGAAUGGAUGUUUGUCGUCUUCCCCGACCGCAAGGCCGCGUGGGUCGACCACAAACCCACGAACGAGCAAUGGCUAGGCCGUAUCAAGGAGUUUAUCGGGGACGACUCUAUCCCGGUCGAGAUCCUCGGUGUCUCCAAGUGGCGGAUCAACGACACGGUCGCCGAGCAGUACUCGAAAGGGAAAGUAUUCUGCCUGGGAGACGCUGUCCACCGACACCCACCCAUGAACGGCCUUGGGUCGAAUACAUGCAUUCAAGACGCCUUCAACCUCGGGUGGAAAGUCGCGUACGUCCUCAAAGGUCUUGCCGGGCCGGAACUACUCGAGUCAUACAGCGUUGAGCGUCAGCCGGUAGGACAAGGUGUGGUUGCUCGGGCAAACCAAGGAUUCAACGACUAUGGCCCACUGUGGGACAACCUGGGCAUUUUGGAGGACGACGUCGAGAAGCGCAAGGAAAUCUGGCACGAGUUCGCGCAGGAUUCCCCCCAGGGUCGCCGCCGUCGACAAGUCUUCCAGAAGACCCUGCACGCGACGAAAUCCGAGAUCCAGGGUCUGGGCAUCGAGAUGAACCAGAGAUACACGGCCCCUCACGCGGCAGUGUACACGGACGACGAGGAGUGCCAAUCCCCACCGGCGUUCGCCAAAGACCCCAUCCGCCACUACGAGCCGUCGACGUACCCCGGGUGUCGCGUCCCGCACGCGUGGCUGACGACGCUCGUGCCGGGGAAGAAGAUCUCGACGAUCGACCUGUGCGGCAAAGGCCGGUUCACGAUCUUCACCGGCAUCGGCGGACGAGAGGCGUGGCGCGGCGCGGCGGAACGAGUUCGGCGGGAGCUGAAGACGCCCAUUGACGUCUUUGUCAUCGGCCACAGACAGGACUUUGAGGAUGUCUAUAUGGACUGGGCGCAGCUCAGGGGCGUGGAGGAGGACGGGGCCGUGCUCGUCAGGCCAGACCGGUUCGUCGCGUGGAGGAGCCAGAACGUCCCGGACGAUUGUGGCGGCAGGUUGGUCAGGGUGUUGCGCCGUGUUUUGCGUCUUUAG